UAGUCUCCUCUCCUUCACUUCUCUGCUUCGUAACUCCCAACCGAAAAACAAAACAGAGUACAACUUAGACCAAAAAAAAAAAAACUUUUUAUUCGAACAAAAUUUAAUCCCUUUGUACCUUAUCCUUACAAGAAUCUAACUUACAUAUGUUCUUAGAGUAUCCAGUGAGAUAGUUCGAAUUGUAACAGUAGUUCCACUUUCUAUAAGUUAAGGCGGAGUUAUUUUUUUCUUUUUCUAAUGGAUAACAACGAUGAGAUUAUGCUGGCGGAGAUGACGCCGAAGAGGCGUGCAGGACGGAGAGUGUUCAAGGAGACACGUCACCCAGUUUACAGAGGAAUACGGCGGAGGAACGGCGACAAAUGGGUCUGCGAAGUCCGAGAGCCGAUUCACCAACGCCGCAUUUGGCUCGGGACUUAUCCUACUGCGGAGAUGGCGGCGCGUGCACACGACGUGGCGGCUUUGGCUCUGCGCGGGAGAUCCGCGUGUUUGAAUUUCGCCGACUCCGCCUGGAGGCUUCCGGUGCCGGAAUCAACCGAUCCCGAUGUCAUCAGGAGAGUCGCCGCGGAAGCGGCGGAGAUGUUCAGGCCGACGGAAUACGAGAGUGGAAUUACGGUUGUGCCCUCUUAUGGUGAUGAGGUUGAUUUAGGUUUUGGUUCUGGUUCGGGAUCGGAGGAGAGGAGUUUGUAUGGAUAUGUGGAACAAGAAGAAGAAGAAGUUUCCACGACGAUGAUGAGACUCGCGACGGAGCCGUUAAUGUCGCCGCCGAGAUCGUACAUGGAAGGCAUGACUUCUAAUGCUUACAUGGAAGAAGAGAUGUCUUCUUACCAAGAUAUGUCACUGUGGAGUUACAACUAUUAAGCUGGACGUAUACGCAUUUAAAUACUUUAAAUAUAUGUUAUCGUAUUUGUGUGUCAGUGUGUACAUGUGCAAUAGACCAAUAGUUUGUGAAAUGAAUUGUAAGAUUUUCCUAGUAUUAGAUCCUCUGGAAGGUUCCUUGAGGGAUUGUAUUGUUCUUUUUUAUAAAAAUGGAUGGGCUUUAUGAAUCCAUGUACAAAGUGUAAGCGCAAUUAGAGAUUAAGCCGAAA